AUGAUGUUCUUCUAUUCACUUGGAUGCACCUGUGAUCAGUUAGAACAGGCUGCCCGUGGUCCAAUUGGUCUUUUUUUGUUGGAUAUGGUUGGAUCUUCGUUAGCGGGGGUGGUACAGCAAGAUCGCUUUUCUGUUGUUCUGGUUGGUGAAGAUGAUUUAGUGAAUGAACUGGAGAGCUGUGCCCCUGAGGUUAUGGAGAAAAUAAUCUCUGUCGCACUGGAAAGGGUUAAAGCUAAGGAAGAAGAUGAGCUUGGAGUGGAUGAAUACGAAACGUUAAAUGGACCUGCUCACAACUGCACAAACAUGCGCUCCCAAAUUGUGAUUAAGAAAUGGGCAAAGGUUAUUGAAUUGUUCUUAGAAGCAGCCAAAUCUCCCCUGACCUCAGCAGAACAGCCGAGCAAGGAUAUCAUGUUUGGUGGAUCCUUCACUUGCGAUCUCAUCGCAUCGCGGCUGCGACAUAUAGUGAAACAGAGACUUGAUCUAUCACGUAGCUUGUUGGCACUCAUCCAACUGUAUGCCGAAGAUAGUAUGCGUUCUGACUACCCUAUGUUCGAUUUCUCGGAACUCGAAACGAACUUGAGUAGCGUUAAGAGUCUAUAUGGACUGUUCCACGAUCUGCUUGCGUUAAAGCUUGCCAAAGAAAACGUCCAAGUGUCGUUGUGCAGUUGGUUUUUCAAAGGAGACGGUGUCGAAUGGGUUUGCAAAGCAGCUCAUGCAGGAUCAUCUGACGAACAAACCUCCCGACUUAAGUACAAUGAGUUUCUGGACAAAAUAGUCAAUGCAGGUUUGCGAGUUCUAUCGCCAUAUUCCACAGAGGCUUUACUGGCCAGAUUUCUAGCAACACAUGAGAAGUACGCAAUUUUGAUGAACCUUUGUACCUUAUAUGUCAACAGGACACCGGAAGAACUUCGCUCUGUAAUGACAUUCUACAGCGCCAUAGCAUAUUCAGGAAUUGGAAAACCGUUGAGAGCAAUGACCAACUUCAAUUUGGCUGCUAAAGGUAUAACGGAGCACAACAAAGCUCUUCUAACUGCUCUCUCACCAGUUGGAAAGUCAUCAGAAGGGAUCAAUCUCGGUGACUAUUAUGUAACGGCUCUACGCUAUCUGCAUGAGCACCGCCAUAGCGAAGAAGUAGUCGAAAUGGCUAGAAGUGCCGUAGCUUCACUUCCUCCUGGUCACGAGUGUACUUCUCGCAUUUACGUUACACUUUUCAAUCAUCUCGUCAAUCAAGGGAAUUGGUGCGACGCUUUGCAAAGCAUUAUACAGAAUACCGACACAGAGAUCAAAAGGAUGACACUGCGUGAGCUGCUCUCACGAAUGUUGCAUGCGCGAGAUUGGAAGUCUAUUGUGGAGCUGUCCUAUGGAAAACUUGAAGAAGAGGUGGAGAAAUUUUGACG